AAGGUUAUAUAUCCGGGAUUUGGCGAAGCGUGCGCGCGCUUGGUUGAAGGAGCUCUCGCAACUUUUUGUCCCCCCAAUUUCUUAAGUAGAACUUCAAAACGAAGCGCCAUGGAUGACGAACAAGAAACCUACAAGUUGUGGAGGAUUCGCAAGACUAUCAUGCAACUGUGCCACGAUCGCGGGUACCUCGUGACGCAAGACGAGUUGGAUCAGAGACUGGAUCAGUUCAAGGAUCAGUUCGGAGACAAGCCCAGUGAGGGGAAGCCCGCCCGGAAGGAUCUGGUGGUGCUGGUGGCGCACAACGACGACCCGACCGACCAGAUGUUCGUGUUCUUCGCCGACGAGCCGAAGAUCGGGAUCAAGACGAUCAAGAUGUACUGCCAGCGUAUGCAGGAGGAGAACAUCUCCCGCGCCAUCAUCGUGGUGCAGAUGGGCAUGACGCCUUCGGCUAAACAGGCUCUCGUUGACAUGGCCCCAAAGUACAUCCUGGAACAGUUCCUGGAGUCGGAACUUCUCAUCAACAUCACAGAACACCAGCUGGUCCCAGAACAUGUCGUCAUGACUCCCGAGGAGAAGGCCGAACUCCUGGCGCGGUACAGACUGAAGGAACACCAGCUGCCUCGGAUCCAGGCGGGGGAUCCCGUGGCGCGGUACUUCGGACUGAAACGCGGGCAGGUGGUGAAGAUUAUACGUCCCAGCGAGACCGCGGGGAGAUAUAUCUCCUAUAGACUGUGUUUGUAAAGUCUGUGGGACACAUUAGGUUAUGUUAUUAGUAUUAUAUGCAGGAUUCUCACCAAGCAGAGUUGGACAAGUUUUCCAAAAUUCACUUGUCCUAUUGGGCAAGAACAUAACAAACCUACUUGUCUGAACCAACUUUUAGCUUGCCCGAAAUUUACAUAACAUGUUUCUAUGUAUUUUCACAACAAGCAAAUGCAAUGGAAGUCUUUUACUAUUGGCUCUCCUUUUCUGUGUUGACAAAUUCUUGAUGACAUGACUGUGAAAAGUACGUCAAAAACUUACUCAUGGAAAAAUCUUACUUGCCCCAUCGGACAAGUGGAGUAGGACAUGCACUUGCCCAAUCGGCACUUUCACUUGCCCUGGACAAUCGGGCUAAUGGACUUGUCCAACCCUGCCAAGAUUAUUUCAUUGCUAAGGGACAGUGAAGCUGUAUGGCUAGCAGUGCAGGCAUGAGCAUAAUGUAGAGGGGAGGGGAUCAUCCUCCUCCUGAAAAUUGUAAAAUUUGUAAUACACAAACUCAAAGACACUAUUUCCUGCAUUUUAGGGCCAAGUUUCAUGAAACAAAGCCAACAUUUUUUUUUACAUAAGGUGCAAACAACAGAAAAGCCCCCUAUGCUGAUUGAAACACCAUGAACCAUAAAUUGUAGCAUUGGAGAUACAAAUCACAGCAUAUAGGGAUGCACAAUGCUCAGCUGUACUGGCAAGAACUCUGUCAUAUAGAUAGAAGAUAUUAGUCAUCACAAAAGUCACUCAAGCAACUGGAUGUCUGCUGUCUUUUCCAGUUACUG